AUGGCGUCGGAACACACGGUGACCAAGGUUCUGUUGGAAUGGAUCAACAGCUUUUCCCUGGGCAAAACUCUCCGGGCCACCGAUGAAUUAACCGAUGGGGUUAUCUUGUGGGAGAUCCUUCAGGACAUCGAUCCGCAGUAUUUUCUCGACGAGAUCCCCGAGCGCAACCCUUCCGACCACUGGGUGGCCAAGUGGCAGAACCUGAAGCACAUCCACAAGCUGUUGCUCAGCUAUAUUCGGCACCAGAACGAUGACUCCCUGCCGUCCGGCCUUGACCCGUCUCCCGAUCUCGAAGCUGUCGCAGAGAAGGCCACCACCAAGGAAACCAACAAGUUACUGAAACUUCUCCUGAUCGCGGCCAUCAGCUCCCCCAACGCGGAAACAUACGUGCAGACCCUCCAGGAAUUGAGCACCUCGACCCAGGAAGGUCUCAAAGAUAUCAUUGAGGAGGCACAUAAUGGUCAACACGAGCCGAUGGAUGCCGCCGACGAGCUCAGGGAGGACCUGUCCAAACACGAUCGGCCCGUGGACCUGGAAUUGCAAUUCGAGGAGCGCGUGGGGAAGGUGCUUGCGGAGAACGAUCGUCUUACCCACGAGAAGAAGGAACUGGAGAAGGCGCUGGAGGACUUGCAUAAUCGAUUGGCGCGUCUUCAGGAGAACAACGAUACCCUGCAGAACCGUCUUGCGUCUACCGAAGAUCGGCUAGUCACAUUGAAGUCUGGCAAGGGUGACCUGGGAUUCAAUGCGAAAGCUUUGGAGAGCAAAACCCGCCAACAGGAUGAUUUGAUCGCGUCCCAGGAGGCGAAAUUGAACGCGGCUCAAGAUGAAAUUGACAGCCUACGCAUGACGGUUGAGUCCCUCCGAGUCAAGAACCAGCGCCACCAAAAGUUACAAGACGACUAUGAUGAACUUCGGACCGACAGAGAUCAGCUUGCACGCAAGGCAAAUGCGGCGGAGAAGUAUCGCCAGAAGCUCCAAGCCAGCCAGGACUUUGAGAAAGAGAACCAGACCCUCAAGAACCAAAUCAAAGACCUUCAGCAGCAGCUCAAAGAUUCGGACUCGCAACAACGCUGGUCAUCGGAGCAGGAUGUGGAGCUGGAGGAGUAUCGCAAGCUUUUGCCUCGCAUUGAACAAGAGUGCAACGAAAUCCAGAAUCUGAAAAAGCAGCUUGAGUUCAACAAUCAUGCCUUGACGGAAAGACUCGAAAGCGCGGACGAGCAACAUGAGAGGGACGAUGCCCUGAUUAGUGAGCUACGUGAACGCCUCCGGGAAUUGGAAGGCUCGCCGGAAAGUCCGUCUCCUGGCUCUGAGACACCCAAGAUGCAAGGCACCUUACACAAGGACUUCGAAGCGAUCGGUGUCAAGGAAACUCAGCUUAAAUCCGAGAAUGAUGAAUUGAAACGAGAGAUGGAAUCACUGAAGGCGCCCUCAACAGCUCCCGGGUCCCAUUCAGAAGGCUUUUCUGAAAACUUUGCCGCGUCUGUGCAGCUUGCGCGGGCCAAUUCCAGCCAAAGCGAGGAGUAUUGGAAACUAUAUGAAAGCUACACCGGAACGCUUAAGAAGAUUGCGGACGUUCAGGAUCUCCUCGAAACGACAAAGAAGGAGCUGUCCGAUGCACAGACUCAAAUUGGCCUUGUCAACACUGAAAAAGCAGACGUGCUUCGAGAGCUUGAUGAGCACAACUCGGCUGAAUUGACAAAGCUCCGUGGCGAAUGGGAUGGCCUCUCCCAGAAUGUUCAUCACUUGGAGGCCGAGGUAGAUGCCAGUCAGACCUUGGUGCGCGAAGUGUGCGCAGAGCGGGAGGAGCUUCGCAAGAUGCUCAACAAUAAGCAAAAUGAAAUCAGCGCCGAGGACCAAGAGGUGAUGAACGAGAUGCAGACGCUCCUUGGCGAGUUUGAGACCCACAACAGUGAGGGCGAAGCUCCCCAGAAAUCGAGCUUCGAGCUCCUGAAACAGUGUGCGGGUGUCCUGGAGAAGAAUGUGGAGCGGCUGGCUCAGCGCGCAGAGUAUAUUCAACAGCAAAACGAGCUCAUCAAGUCACUCCGAGAGCGGAUGAAGAACUACGAGGAGAAUUUGGAUGAUGGCAUUCCCAAAGAACACGAGAUUGAGCUCCAGAGAAUCAUCGAUGACCAAGCCCGCGAGCUUAGCCUCGUGGGCUCAGCCUGGUAUCAUCUUCAGAGCCGUUGGCAGAAUAACAACAUGACGGUAUCUCGCUAUCGCCAUGGUGCCAACAUGGCUGAUGCACGAGGGUGGCUGGCGAAGCAGAGAAGCAUGGUAGCUGGCCAGUAG